AAGUUGUCGGUGGUGUCCUACUUGAGUGCACUGGUGGUCAGUGUGUUGUUGUUGAACCAAUCGGACAGAACCUACUUCAGUGACAACGCCCUUCUUCCGGGUCUCGUGCAGAGGGAGUUCACACUGAAAGAGAUGGCCGAACAGACACUGAACUCACUGAACAAGUUGUCCGAAGAAAUACCUGAGAAUACAGUUCCGUACGAAUGGCUGAGCUCUCAGUUCAAGCAAAUCGGUCUCGAAGUCUAUUCCCAUAACUUUACUUUCAAUUAUCCCUUCGCUUCCAAACCGCAAUAUAGCGGUAAAAAUAUUUACGCGAUUCUAAGAAGUGGUCGGACGGGUAGUACUGAAGCUCUGGUGCUGUCGUCUCCCUAUCGGACAAAACUGAGUCCCCAUUCCUCCACAUUGCCGGGCAUUGCGCUUAUGAUAUCUCUCGCCAAAUAUUUUUCACGUCAGACCUAUUGGGCCAAAGACAUCAUAUUCUUGAUCAGUGAAUACGAGUUGAUAGGAAUGCAGUCGUGGCUCAACGCCUACCACAACAUAGACACGACUCCCGUCUUAAACCACGGGAUACUUGAGUCGCGUUCCGGUGCUAUACAGGCGGCCAUUAAUCUGGAGAUUCACUCACAGAUAUCGAGUCAUUUGGAUAUAAAGAUUGAGGGACUGAACGGACAGUUACCUAACUUAGACCUAUUCAAUGUGGCGGUCGAGCUCUGCACCCGAGAGUCAGUGAGCGCCACAUUUCACGGCCGCUCACAACCCAUCGAAACAAACGACUUUGACUUAUGGAAAGAAUACGCGACGACCACCGCAUCGAUGAUGAUAUCGCAGGGCAUAGCUCUGCCCACCGGAGCGCACGGACUCUUCCAACGGUUCGCCAUUCAGGCCAUCACUUUGGAGGCGUCCGAAGUGGACAACAAGAAGGACUCAUAUAUGAGGACAUCGCUGCUCCAAAUGGGACGAGUAGUUGAGGGCAUAUUCCGGAGUCUCAACAAUUUGUUGGAGCGCUUCAACCGUUCCUAUUAUUUCUAUUUGUUGUCCUCAACCCGUCGUUACAUAUCUAUCGGCUAUUAUAUGAUACCAUUCGGUCUGUUGGCCGCACCCCUAGUAUUGAACGCUCUUUACUUAUACCUCAAGACAGCAGAAGAGACACCAAAUCGUACUGAAAACCUCUGGAACUCAAUGCCAGUCAGCUUUGUUUGUCACGCUUUGGGACUUUUGACACUUUUGGUGCCACUAUUUGUGGAGAAAUAUCCAAAUUUAGUUCCCAAUUACGAAACCCAUGAAGUUAUUUAUUACACGUUAUUAAGUGUUUCCAUAAUAUAUAUUAUGAAUCCUUUAAUGAGAGCCAAUCAAUUGAACCGCAAUUCACGCAAAUGUGUGGCACUUCUAAACACGGCUUUAUUGAUGGCCUGUAUAUCUCUCGUCAAUAUAUCUCUUGCCCUCUCAUUAACUCUUGUUUACGUUCCGAUCGCCUGCAUAACAGCCCUGAGUUCAAGGAUAGCAUUCAAAUCAAUCAAUUCAGUGCUCCUUUUGUUGGCUCAUCCGCUGUCCAUCUCUUACUUGUGUUUGCUUUCGAUGUCUUUGUUUUAUAACUCGGAGUUUGCAUUCAAUAAGCAUUUGUUAAGAGCUUUCGAGGCACAGAAGAAAUGCAUUCUCUUUUAUAUAGAGGACUGGUAUAUAUACGGCAAUUGGAUGUAUCCAAUCGGAUGCUCUUUCCUUUUACCCGUUUGGCUACAGUUGUGGUAUAUUUUGUAACAUCUUUUUGUGUUUUAUUUAUUUGUAGUUUAAGUUUUAUAGCAUAACAUUUGAAAAUGUCAUCAAUUGAAUUAAAUUUUCAUUCCAACCCCCA